CUCCCGUUAGGAAGACUAAGAUAACGGAAGUGGUCAGAUCUUAGCAAUGAAAACAACAUCGGGACUUUUUUGGGGAAUAAAUAGCUAAAGCAGAGGAAUUGUGUGGACUUUGGUUUGCGGAGAAACACGGCUCCGGCCUGUACGCACAGGGACGAGAUGGAGGUUCCUUCUUAUCACUCCAAGCUAUUAUGUGAGCUGAACGAACAGCGUAAAAGGGACUUCUUCUGCGACUGCAGCGUCAUCGUAGAGGGCCGCGUCUUCAAGGCGCACAGAAACAUCCUCUUCGCGACAAGCGGAUAUUUCCGGGCUCUGCUGGUGCACUACUUGCAAGACAGCGGCCACAGGCAUAGCACAGCCUCUCUGGACAUCGUCACGGCAGAUGCCUUUUCACUCAUCCUGGACUUUUUGUACUCCGGUCGCCUCAACCUCCGCACCGAUAACGUGAUUGAGAUCAUGUCAGCUGCCAGCUAUUUGCAAAUGACUGACGUAGUGAACUUUUGCAAAGGCUACAUCAAGUCAUCGUUGGAAAUCUGUAACCGAGAGAAGGAGGGGCAGAAAGAGACCGGGAGGGAGCGAGAAGGCCCAGCUGACAGUGGUACGCCCGCACUGGUCUCCAGCGUUCCUGCAGCGUCCACUUCCCAAACGGACAGGGGAACACCACAGAGUAUGGAGACGCCCAAUUCUGUCGAGGCGUCAUCUGAUAUUCCUUCCACACCAGCUGCUACCAGUAGCAAAGACUCGCAGAGUGAGAGUGAGAACUCGCAGGGAGGGUUUCCCAGGCAGCCUCCCGCCAGUGCCGCUGCUAAGAACAACCCAGCACAAGACGUAAUCAACCCAUCAUCUUCAGGGAUGGUCGUCGUACCGGGGCACCCCAAGAUCAAAUUUGACCCCGAUGAGGAAGGCGAGUGUUCACUUGAAGCCAAAGACAUGGACCUGUAUGAAAACCCAAGCAAUGGUGAAGAACGAACUCUCAGCUCAAGUCCCGCUCCAAGCAGUGAGCCGACGUCCCUUCCUCCGUACUCCAACUAUCAGAUGAAGCAGUACAUGGACGUCCUGCUACGCGGAGGAGCCGGUUCUCACCGCGAGGAGCUCGUGCCUCAUUUUGGGCACAGUUUGGGAAGCAGUAAUAUGAUGGGUCGAGUAGAUGAAGGACUCGUUCAUGGAGGCUCCUGCAGUAUGGAGAUCCAAAGCGACUGGUACGUGGAGGAUACAGUUUGCUACUCAGGGAGGCUGCAUAAGUGUCCGUUCUGCCCCUACACCACCAAGCAGAAGGGCAUUCUGAAAAGGCACAUCCGUUGUCACACUGGGGAGAGGCCAUAUCCGUGUGAGAUCUGCGGAAAGCGUUUCACUCGACAGGAGCAUCUACGCACACACGCCGUCACCGUCCAUCGAGCGACCUGGCCCAUCGUGUGCAAGGGCUGCAGGCGCGUCUUCUCCGGAGCCGUGUCUCAGGGUCUGAAGCGAUUUGGGCUUUGCGAUAAUUGUACUUGCGUAACUACGACCAACGUGGAGUCUCCUUCCAUGAACAUGAGCGACCAGUCCGUGAGCGUGGAACAGGCCACGGCGGACUCGGAUUGGCCCAUCUUCAUGGUGGAUGGAGACGAGGAACCCAGUGCUGGUGCUGGGGAAGUGGACGACAAGAAGGACCUCCAGAGGCAGCUUUCAGAGGGGGGGAGUCUCCUGUAGACAUCGAGAAACCCUACAGCACGAAUGAGAGUAAACCUAUGGAUAGAUCCUGGUCUUUAUUGUUCUGUGAGAAAACAAAAGAUCUGGCCUAAUGCCAGUUAGUAAGAGUACUUAAUGUAAGUACUGAACUGUGAUCAUGUUUACGGGUAUGUGAAGAACCAAAUGUCCACAGCUCCAGUGGAAUCGAUUGUCCGGAUUUUAGUUUGAAACUGGUUAAUAUCGUUUAUUAAUUCUGCUUCAAAUUUUGCUUUAAAGGUACAGCAAUCAGUAUAUGGAUUUUGCUAAGAGACAAUAACAGGUCAUCUGCAUAUAUUGAGUGGAAAAGUACAAUUCAUCAAAAUCUAAAGAUAAUGACCAUAACACUAGACAAGUUAUUAAAGCGCUACAGCUAUUGAUCCAUAUAGUCCAUGUUUGUUAUUCUUUAGAAUAAAACGAUCUGUCUGGAGAUUUUCCGCAUCAUAUAGAUUUGUGUUUCUCAUAGUUGGAUCCUGAGGCCUGCAGGGGUUCCUAAAGCAUAGCUUCGGGUCCAUUUUGUUUUCAUUUUGUUACAGAUAUGUACUAUGAUCAAAGUUGUUUUGCCUAUAAAUAAUAUUGAACGGAGCAUUACUGUACACAUUAAAACAACGUGAAAGGUUUA